CGUUGCACCAAUGAUGUAACUUUCAUUUCCUCAUCAGCAAGGGUCAUGCACAUGAGUUCCGAGUUUGUAUAGAGUCUAUCCCACGAAGCUCAUUCUUCUUAAUACAUCCACUUUAUAGUGUUUCAAUAAUGCUGCGGACGCUGUGUCGGGCCGGCGGGGCCAUUUUGCAGCAAACCCAGCGGACUGCGCCGAAGUUGUGGGUCACACCGGCCCAGCAGCGGUGGGCUUCUAGCCUGCCCAUGAACACGGUGGUCCUGUUCGUGCCCCAACAGGAAGCCUGGGUGGUGGAGAGGAUGGGUCGCUUCCACCGGAUCUUAGAGCCGGGUUUAAACUUCCUCAUCCCCCUACUUGACAGAAUUCGCUAUGUGCAAAGCCUCAAAGAAAUAGUGAUUGAUGUCCCAGAGCAGUCUGCUGUAUCUCUAGACAAUGUGACACUACAGAUUGAUGGUGUGCUUUACCUCAGGAUCCUGGACCCGUUUAAGGCCAGCUACGGCGUUGAGGAUCCAGAGUAUGCAGUCACGCAGCUGGCACAGACCACCAUGCGUUCAGAGCUAGGCAAACUCACACUGGACAAAGUGUUCCGGGAAAGGGAGUCGCUCAAUUCCAACAUCGUCCACUCCAUCAACCAAGCCUCGGACGAGUGGGGGAUCCGCUGCCUCCGCUACGAAAUCAAGGAUAUACACGUUCCACCCCGCGUCAAAGAAUCCAUGCAGAUGCAGGUGGAAGCUGAGCGUAAAAAGAGAGCCACCGUGCUGGAGUCUGAAGGGAUGAGGGAAGCGGCCAUCAACGUCGCAGAGGGUCGUAAGCAAGCCCAGAUUCUGGCCUCGGAGGGAGAAAAAGCGGAGCAGAUCAAUCAAGCGGCCGGUGAGGCACAGGCAGUCAUAGCCAAAGCCGAGGCAAAAGCCAAGGCCAUCCGUAUGCUGUCAGAGGCUCUGACCGAGCAGAAUGGAAAUGCAGCAGCGUCUCUAAGUGUGGCCGAACAGUACGUGUCUGCUUUCUCCAACCUCGCCAAAGAGUCCAACACCAUCCUUCUGCCCUCCAAUACUGGUGACAUUAGCGGAAUGGUGUCACAGGCUAUGACCAUUUACAGCACGCUGGCAAAGACGAGCCCGAGUAAACCACUGCAGGGGUCCGAGGAGAAGAUCGAGGAGCUCAUGAACCAGUCGGCAUCAUCUCAAGAGGAGAGGACUCAGUGAAUGAACUAUAAAUAUUAAAUGACAGAGAAACAGGAGAAACCAUUUGUCGUUAUGUUAUUGGGAUUUCAAGGCAUCUCUUUGUGACAGAAGAUCGCGAACCCUCUACUGACAAGACAGAAGGAAAAGCCUCCAGCUUUAUAAACUCUUGAUGUCUUGGCCUGGAGCCCUGGAGGAAAAUAAUCUUUUGUAAGAGGACUUGUAAUCUCUUCCCACAGUUUUCUAUUUUCAGUUUUUGUCUAAUUGGGAAAUUAACACCAGCCUCCAGUCAAAUCUACUCAAACCAGUGACUGGCAGGCUGAAAAAAGUUGUCCUUAGCAGUUUAUUUUUUACAUUGUACCGGAUGAGAUAUGUAUUGUUGCAUAAACGACUUGAACAUACUACCUUAAGUUUAAGUGAAACAUACAAUUGUGUUAAGUGUGUUCAUUUUCUUUCUUUUUUUGUAACCUAUUUUCUGAAGUAGGCCCAAAUAGCUACACUUAGUUUGUGUGGGAUUGUUAAUAUUUAGGUGGCAAUCAUAGACAGCUGAGAUGAGACACCUGGUUUGCUGUAAUCAGGGACAGUUCUUUCACUACCUUCAGUCUCAUUGGAACAAGACACUUAAUGCCGUCUAGCUGAAUGCACCUAAAUGGUGGGAAGUUGUCAAAAGUAGUAGUUGAUUCACAAUUCUCAGCCUAUGUUAUGUUAAAACAUAAUCUCCCAAGCUCCUCUAGCAGCUAAAAAGAGGUACAAAGUCAACUCAGCCAUUCAUGUUCUUUCGUUGUAGUCACCUCUUGUGUAUCAUUAGAAAUAUUUAUUAAAUGUAUUAAUUCUCUGCAAAAAUGGCAAGUUUUUAAUUUCAUAUGUUUACUCAUUUUUCACAACAUGAAAUUGGUAUAUCUGACCAAAUUCAUGCAAUUUUUAUGGUGACAAGUUAAAGAGCACUUCAUUCAAUCAUUUUCCGUACCCACUUAUCUUCUGGUGGACCAUGGGAGUGGGGUGAAUGUUGAAAGUUUGUUAAACAUACAUCAUGAUUUGAACAUUUCCAUAUUUUGAGUGGAUACUUGUGUGCAGACAUGUGUCUCAAAUGACCAUGAAAUAAAUUCAAAUGUUGGUUGCAAA